AUGGGAGAAAAGGAUAACCACCAACUAGAUAAUGGCAAUGUCCCUUUGAAACAAACAGAUUCUGCUAUUGAUCUGGAUACUGAAGUGAAUAUAGAUAUUAGAUUUCCUGAUCGUACACCAACCCUGUCUUUUGCUUUGCCGCUUUCCAGCACAGUACACGAUGUUCGACAAAUAGUCUUGGAGUUUUUGCUGGCUCCAACAAACACUUGCUUUCAUUUUGCUCAUGGAAACGAAAGAAUACAGCCUUUUACUGAACUUCAUGAGAUUUUACAUGUACAAUCGCACCAGAAACUGAAAACGCUUGUCCUAGAUGUUGUAUUGGACCCAUACACAGAAAGAACAUCUAGGUUUCAUUUCUUCACUCUCUUAGAUUUUUUGGACAGAAGCAAUAAAAACCACAAAAGCGAUAAUUUUGGAAUUCGUACAGGAUUUUGUGCAUUUCCUGAAUUGGACGAUCCUACUGAUUCCUACCAAACGGAAGCUGUUGAGUCAUCCAAUUCAAAGUUUUCCAUCCUCAACAAAGAUUUUUGGCCCGAUCAUCCUAACCCCUUUGAAUCUUCUUAUGACAAACUAUUAUCUCCUAUGUUAUCAUCGAAAUCAUUUCCUCAGCAUACCUGCUUUCGGUCUUUUUCUCUUUCUGCUUGGAAUCCAGUUCCACCCGAAUACGCCAUGCAAGGGCACCUCUUGUACUUGAGUGUAACAACCUUAGAAGGACAGCUUUACCAUAUCACUUCUCAUGUUACGGGCUAUUUUGUCAACAAUUCCACAAACACGCGCUUUGAUCCCACCUCUCAAAAAGAUCUAUACAGCCAUUCUCUCAUUGCACUACUUUGUCAGUUAUCUCCUCUCUUUAAAGAAAAUCUUGAAGCCCUUUUGGAUAAAUAUAGACAGCAAGAUCAGAUUGCAUUUGCUAAAAUUAGCGGUUCGAUUCCUCAAGCUCCUUGGAUUACAAUGCCCACCCGAAAUAGACCCGACUUGACGAAAACUCAGGAAGCCCAACUUAAUCCAUACAUUGAAAAUCAAGGAAACUUGCGUGAUUGGAACGAAGAGAUUCAAUCCGCUCGAGAAAUGGCUCACGAAAGUAUCCAAGACCGCGUCUUACGUGAGCGAUUACUAGUGAAAACGAUGCAGGAUUUUACUGAAGUUUCUGUUCAAGGAGCUAUUGAUAUUGUAAAUGGAAAUAUCCCCCCUCUUAACCCUUUGGAGCCCGAAGAUUCUCGUAUGUAUGUGCAUAACAAUAUAUUUUUUUCUUUCGGGCGUGAUAGCGUUGGUAUAUUCAAAAAACUUGGUGGGGAUGCUGCUGCUUAUUACGCUGUCGGAAAAGAUGCUACCACCAUUCGUUUAUUAAAUCAAUUGGAUGCAGUAGACCUUUCUUCGCUUGGAACAUGCAUUGUGGAUUAUGCUGGACACAGAAUAGUUGCUCAAACAAUUAUUCCAGGUAUAUUUAGACAGUUGGAAUUAGGAAAUUCCCAGUUGAUCUAUGGAAGUGUUGAAGGCGAGAGAAAUUUUCGUUGUGAUCCAUCAUUGGAACCCGACUUAUUAAAACUUUCUAACAUCUUACAUAUAAAAAAACAUGGUUUUAAAGACCAAGAUGGCAGUGUCAUCCCCUUAUAUACUAGCCUAGAUACCAAAGGGUUGUUGGGUUCUGAUGGAAGGAAAUAUUUGAUGGAUCUCUAUAGCUUAUUUCCACCUGACCUUGGAUUCUUGAAUCGCCUUGAACAAAAGGGGUCUAAUCAAUAUUCUGAUUACCCACAUCGACUAGUGCAAUUUCGUCCCGAAUUAAUACAGUCAUUUUGGGAAACCACUUUAAAUGAAGAGCAAGAAGAAAAGGAAGCCUCUUCCGAAGAUAAACAUAUCAACGAACCGCUUAAAAAUACAGUUUUAAAUCAAAAUGGUAACGAAGUACCAGAAGCUUCUCAAAUCCCAUUAAAGAUAAAGGAUAAUGCCUCGCAAGAAAACUGUCUUUUCAAUCCUAAUGUUCGUCAUCCUUCUUAUAAAUAUCCGGAACACGAAGAAGACGAAUAUAAACAUGACAUUUCGCUUCUCAAGAAAGUUUCUACUUUUCUUACUACGAACGUGAUACCCCAUUUUAUUGAUUCUAUAUGCAAUGAUUCGUCUUUUCUGCCAAUUGAUGGUAUUGCCCUCUCCAGAGCAUUACACCGUAACGGAAUUAACAUAAGAUACCUUGGGGAUAUGCUAAAUUUAAUUUUUGAUGAAUAUCCACAAAAUACUGCCACGAUACAUCUUUUUACCAGUGAAAUUUUUGCAAGAUCUGCAAAGCAUAUAAUUCGAGCUUACCUAUCCAAAACUCCACGUUGUUUAAGAAGCUAUGUCAUAUCUCAUAUCUUUAAUUGUUUGCUUGCUGCAGAUGAAGACGAUCUGUCAUCUCCUUUUUUGCCUGAAGAAUCCGUUUUAAAAUUGUAUCCUGAGGUUUGCCAAAUGCUUGUAUCAAUGUCGCCAAAACUGGCAUGGGAGUUGUUAGUGAAGGAGUCUCAAUCAAGAUUUGGUUAUGAAGUACCCCUUAGAUUUGUUAAGGAAGCCAAUCACUUAUCCUUAAUUCGCCUCGUUUGCCUGAAGUCUGGUAUUCAACUGGCAUGCAACGAUUAUUUUAAUAAAGAAGAUAUUACUGAAGCCGAUAAUCAGGCUUCUGGAUCAAAAAAUAAAAAAAACAAAAAAAAGAAGAAGGAAAAGAAGGCUAAGCAAGAUGAUUGUUCAAAUUUGACUAACUCAUUUCACAAAUUUUUGCCUAAAGACAUUCUUAAUCUAGUACCGGUUGUGAAAAGUACUGUCCCUUAUAGCUCAUUGGCACAAGAAUCGUUGGAUGCUUCCAAGGUCUGCUUGCUUAAAGAGAACAAAGACUUGUGUUAUGAUCUAUUGAAUGAAUCACUUUCUUUACAUGAACAAAUUUAUGGUGUAUUUCAUCCUGAGGUUGCUCGUGCUUAUUGUCAGUUAGCCAUGAUAUGCCAUCAGUUAGGCAAAAAAGAAGAAUCUUGUUCAUUAGGAAGGAAAGCUUUAAUUGUCUGUGAACGAAUCCUUGGCUUUGACUCCUCGGAAACUAUUUUAGCAUACCUAAACUUAGCCUUGUAUGAGUUUUCUCAUAAUCGGAUAUCCUGUGCUUUAGUUUAUAGUCAGUAUGCAUUACGACUGUGGCAUUUGGUAUUUGGAACUGAUCAUCCUAAUAUGAUAACCUCAUAUACCAAUAUUGGUUUAAUGUUACGCUCGAUGAAAUUAAUAUCCGAAAGUAAAAUUUGCAUUGAGUGGGCCCUGAACCUAUGCCGGAGAUUCCAGGACAAGUCAAGUACCACUGCUGCAGUCAAUCUUCAAUAUGCUCAAGCCUUAGCAUUGACAAAGGACCUUCGUCAAGCAUCCCAAGAAGCUCGUGAAGCUUACAAAAUUUAUGAGAAAAACUUGGGUUCUGAACAUCAGGCCACCAAAGAAGCCGAACAGUGGUUAUCCCAGCUUAUAGCUAAAGCCGUAAAGCAGGAAAAAGUUACUCUUCAAUAG